CGGAAGGAGCCAGGAGGGGGCAUGGCGCCACGUGGCAAGCAGCAAGUAUGGAAAACGCAGUACAAGCAGGAGGGCAAUUACGCAAGAGAACCACCGACUUCCCCAAACGCAAAGCACCCUGACUGAUUUUGGCUGUAUGGAACCGGAAAUUUAGCUUGUAUACAAUCAUAAAGGACAGGGAUGAAAAAGCGCAAGAUGCACAGCUUCUUCUUCCCGUCGAGGCCUGUUCUGCUGCCAGUGGCAGCAGCACUAGAACAAGAGAAGAAGAAGAAGAAGAAGAAGGAGAGGAAGAAGAAGAUGGAAAGUCGAAAGGGAGGAGGAGAUGGGAGGCAAGGAAGAGGUGGGAGGAGAGAAAGGGGGAAUGGAGGUGGUUUGAAGGGAGCAAGUGGCAGUGGGGAUCGACCAGAUGCGGACUGGAUGGUGAGGGCGAGGUCGUUGUUCACCCGUCCGGAUGGAUCUCCGAUGUGCUUUGCGAUGCCACGUGGCAUUGGCCAAGUGUCUGGAGUGCUGCGCGCGCGUAUCCGCAAGCUGGUCGAAGAUCACGGUGGGUUUUGGGGGAGGAGCGAGUUCGAUGAUGGGGUGGUGAUUUCCCUUGGCUAUCCAGAAGCAAUAGACUCCCAUCGCAACAAGGUAUAUCGGCAUUCAUUUGUCGAAGAUUGCAUCGCUGCAAAGAAGUUGCUGAAUGCAGAGGAUUACGCCGUUAAUCCCAAAGCAUCUGAGGCUAGGAAGCCGAAGAGAGCGUACACGCCGUAUACGGAAGAGGACGAUGAGAAGAUUAAGGAGUUUGUGAAGCAGAGGGUUCUUGAUCCGAUCGAGAAGGCGAAACUGGGUUGCGGAGGUAUUCGCGGCAACAAGUUAUGGCAGUUGUUGGAGGAGAGUGGCAUCGUACCACAUCCAUGGUCGUCGAUAAAAGAUCGAUUUGAGAACAAACUCCUCUACGAAGACCCUUUGUUUGACGAGAUGUACAAGCCAGGCCGUAAGGUGCAGUUCGAGUCCGAGGUAGCAACAGGAAAGCCAGCUGCCUCACGGAGUGCCCAGGGCGCUUGUGUCGAUGUAGCUGAGGUCUCCAAAGCGCAAUAUCAAAUGAGUCUCCCCCCUCCUAUCGAGCCUCAGCCGACGACGGUCCACAAAGACUCUACAGUUUCUUGGAAUCUAGUAAAUUGUCACAUCAACCGCUGCACGGCAGAGGGGACAAGAGACCAUCAACAGCAGCAGCAACAACAACAGCAAAAGCAGCAGCAGCAAAAGCGGCAGCAAGAUGAAGAACAGCGACAGGAGACACGACAGCAAAAGCAGCAGCAGCAGGAAGACCAGCUGCAACAAACACGACAGCAGCAGCAGCAGCAGCAGCAGCAGCAGGAUGUCCAGCUGCAGCAAACACAACAGCAAAAGCAGCAGCAGCAGGAAGACCAGCUGCAGCAACAGCAGCAAGAGCAACAGCAACAGCAGCAGAGCAUCAAGAGUAAGUCUCUUCCCACUGCCACUGCUACUGCAGGUAUAACUACGACACCUAGAACAGCCACGAUUGCAACUCCUGCCCCUGCAGCUCCUGCUGCUCCUACUGCCACUGGUAUUUGCGCUAGUAGCGAGUGCACAGAGCAGCCUCUCACAUCACGGAGAGAAAAACACAAGAAGGCAUCCGACACGUAUGGUGACUCUGUCCAAGAGACAUCGGUGCAGAGAUUAUUCCUGAAGAGGAAAGUAUCCCCUGCUCACCAAGCCUAUGGUGUGGGAGGGGUUGCUAUAGAGGUUAUUGACGUGGACGAGCUGUCAGCCGCAUCUUCGAGUUCAUCCAAAAAAGCACGCCUCGAUGAUGGUAUGGACGGCGAGGAGCUAUGCAGCGCUCGGAGGUCCGCAGGAAGGGAGAAGACAGCAGGAACAGAAAACAAGCGGGAAUCCGAAGAGCGGCAACAGGAUGGCUCCGGGGCGGUUGUCGGCCUACCCCUGGCCUGUCGUGCGAUGGAUAUGGCUGUCGAAGAACAAGAACUGUCCGACCGUUUCUUGGAUCUUUGCCAGCGGGAUGCUGAAGUGGAUGUGAGUUUUGCAGCUGUUGCUGGUCUUAGUCGCCCACCUCCGGUUGCCCUCGAAUCUGGGGGGACUGCUGCUGCGGAAAACCGUGGUCGUGGAACCGUGUACAAUAACGAAGAAGACGAGAGCGGCGCGUGGAGAGAAGAAGAAAAAGAGGUUGGGAAAAGCUGUGGUGUUUUAGCACACACCAUGGAUGUAAAUGAAAGCGCUAGCCAUGCCGACCCUCAAACAAUGGACUCUGCAGAUGUGGUGGUGAUGGGAAUAACAAGUGUAGCGGCUGAAGCUCGUCCGCACAACGACCCUUAUGAUGACGCCGAAGGGAAUGACAUCGUGGAUGUGCAUGAAAGUGCUCGCCUUGCUGACCCUGGAAGAAUGGACUCUGCUGAUGCGAUGGCAAUACCGAGUGCAACGGCAACUGGAGCUCAUCACCGCAAUGAGCCUUGUGAUGACAGCAAAGGCAAGGAGGACCUUUCCAUCGCUGAGCCAACAACAAGGCGCAUCGGCAUCGCCGCUGAUCUUGUCGAUCGUCGUAAGGACGACACAAGAGAUGGCGAGUCGGGUCCAGCUGUGCCUGGAGAAGCUGCUGACGUCAAUAACAAAUGCGAAGAAGCAGGAGCGGAAGGAGCGCAGGCCAAAGAGAGUGGGAGGGUGCACAGAGAGAGUGGGGGGGUGCUGCGUGACGGUACCGGUUUUUUGUUAUUGACGGCAACAGAUUCUCCAGGGGUGCAGGGAGCAACUGCAGCUUUGAUGAGGCGAGAGGAUGCAAAGCAACCACCAGAACAAGGCAACAGGGCUCGCGAAGGCGAAAAGGGGGAAUUGCGACUCGCGAGGAAGGGAGUUAAGUGUGCCUCCGAAGAGCGGAGAAAAGAAAUCCGGACUUGGGUAGAAGAUAUGAUGGAGCACGCAAAAGCGUCAUGCGAAGACGUAUUGACAGUGCUUUGGUCUGUAUCAGGGGUCUUUGAAGCGGCAGAAAAGAUAUUGAAGGAUAGUAGAGGCACUUGGAGAGACAAACUGGGCAAUUUAGACUGGCCUGAAGAAGAUAAUGACAUUCUCGUCAAGGUCGUGAACGCUGUCGGAACGAUGGAAGACGUGGAAAAGAUCUUGGGUUGUGGAGAUGAAGGCAUGACUGUUCUACGUGCAAAGUACACGGGAAGUCAAAUCCGGAGAAGGAUUCUUUUUCUCAGAUCAUGAGAUGUCUCCUACCUCAUUUGUUGUUGUAUUAACUCCGACAUUUUUUUAAUCUAUUCCGAUUUUUUUUUUUUUU